UGUAAUCGAGUCAUCCUGAACGAAUUGGCUGUUAUCGAAUCAUAGCAUCAAUGUAACAAGGCUCUCUCGUCCAAAAUAUUCUUUCGCGUUUCUUAAUACGGAACGAAUGAGGCAGUGGAAAGCUUGAUAGGUUUUCGAGAGUAAAUUAACCAACACACGGAUACGAAUGUUACAUCGAAUUCCGUGAAUUAUCCUUCGGAAACAUGUCGGGAACAUUGAAACCUUAUUUGACAGCAGUCCGGCGUACACUUACCGCUGCUAUGUGUUUGGAGAACUUUUCCUCUCAAAUCGUCGAGAAGCACAAUAAGCCCGAAGUGGAAGUAAGAGCCAGCAAAGAACUACUUUUAACGCCCAUUUUGAUAAGCAGAAACGAUAAGGAAAAAGUUUUAAUUGAAUCCAGUAUAAAUAGUAUGAGGAUAAGUAUCGCCGUCAAACAAGCUGAUGAUUUGGAAAAGAUCCUUUGUCACAAUUUUACGAGAUUCAUGACAAUGAGAGCUGAACAUUUCAUGAUUCUCAGAAGGAAACCAGUAGAAGGUUAUGACAUAAGCUUCUUAAUCACCAAUAUCCACGUUGAGCAAAUGUACAAACAUAAGAUAGUAGAUUUCGUUAUUCACUUUAUGGAAGAAAUUGAUAGAGAGAUCAGUGAGAUGAAAUUAUCGGUUAAUGCGAGGGCACGCAUAUGCGCAGAAGAAUUCCUGAAAAGGUUUUAGUCCAUUUAUAAUCGAGUCAUUUAGCAACACUGCUAAAUGUGAUGAUAUACAAUACCAUGGAACAACUGGUGGAAUCAGGAUAUAUAUGCGGCAUGCAGACAUAUUAUCUUUUGGUGUCAUCAUACAGUUUUUAAUAAGAACUUUAACAAAAAGAAAGGAAAGAUACGAGAGAUUUCCUAACUACAGUUUGCAACAACGCGAUAUGUGUUGUUAAUCACGUAUUAUUUAUACUUUCAUGUUAAGAAAAUACAUAAAGUUUCUAUAUGAA